CCUUUUCCCACUUGGUUUAGAAAAGAUAAUGUGUGAAAGUCUCAUCUUCAUUACUAAAAGCCUCUUUUUCUCUGCAGGAUCAAAGUGCUUAACUUUGUUAGUUGAAAUCCACCCUGUUAACAAUGUGAAGGUUCUAAAAGCGGUGGAUAGCUACAACUGGGUACAGUUCCUCUACCCAUAUGUUGAAAGCCAUCCUCUUCCAGAGAACCAUCUGUUACUGAUUUCAGAAGAGAAAUAUAUUGAGCAGUUUCAUAUCCAAGUCACCCAGGAAGAUGGAAAUAAAGUGGUGAUUAAAAAUUCUGGCCAUCUGUCAAGAGACAGAAUAGCUGAGGAUUUUGUUUGGGCUCAGUGGGACGUGCCAGACCAGAGAUUAUACUACAUUGACCUGAAGAAAUCAAGGAGCAUCUUAAAAUGCAUCCAGUUUUAUGCUGAUGAGAGCUUUAACUUAAUGUUUGAAGUGUGCUUGGACAUAUCAUUAAGUGACUCAGGAUUUAAACUUGUCAACUUUGGAUGUGAUUGUCGUCAAUACCAGGAGAAAUUAUCCAAACAUCCUACUCUGUGUGUUUUUACCAACCAUACAGGAAGCUUGUGUGUCUGUUACAGCCCUAGGUGUGCGUCUCCGGAGCAAAUCACAUACUCGGUGUUUUACAUUCAUAAAGGACACAGCAAGACCUUCACUGCUGCUCUUGGGAGUGCUGGCUCGCACCUGACGAAGGGUGUUACUUUUCUCAACCUCGACCAUUAUGUGGCUGUUUACUUACCUGGUCAUUUCCUCCAUCUACUUAACAUUCAGCAUCCAGACUUGAUCUGCCACAGUUUGUUUCAGACAGGAAAUAAUGAAAUGGUUGAUAUGCUACCUCAUGGCUCUUUACAGUCACUGUCACAGUCCCUGGUCCUGGAUUGUUGUUCCGGAAGGCUCUACAGAGCAUUCCUCAACCAGUCCUAUUUAUUAUGUUUCCUAUGGAACACCUCCCGAGACUGUGAGAAGAUGGCCGCAUUGCACUGUGUGCUGUCCUGUGGCCGAGGCCCACGGUUCCUGGAAGGCCAGAUUAUUCAAUGGGUUUCUGAGAAGGCCUCUGCCUGCCAUUCAUUUGACCUCAUUCAGGAAUUUCUCAUUGCUUCUUCAUAUUGGAGCGUAUAUCCAAAAACAAGUAACGUGGAUAAACUUUUGCCAUAUUCCUCAGUGCUCACUUGGAAUAUAGAAAUUCCUGGAAUAACACUUGUGACGGAAGACAUUGAGUUGCCUCUCAUGAAGGUGCACAGCUUUAAGGGCUACUGGGAAAAACUGAACUCCAACCUAGAAUACGUUAAGUACACCAAGCCACAUUUACACUAUAACAACAGUGUGGUCAGGAGAGAAUGGCACAACCUGAUCUCUGAAGAGAAAACAGGAAAAAGAAGAUCCACGGCAUAUGUGAGGAAUAUUCUUGAUAAUGCAAUAAAGGUGAUUUCUAACUUAGAAACGAGGAAUUCGGAGCCAAGAUUAACACCCCUCUUGCAGGAGGAAGAUAACCACCAGAGGCUGCUGAUAGGGCUGAUGGUGUCUGAGCUACAAGACCAUCUUUUGAGACACCUACAGGGUGUAGAAAAGAAGAAAAUUGAACAGAUGGUACUGAGCUACGUUUCAAAACUGCUGGAUGUCAUUUGUUGCAUCCUGGAAACCAUUUGGAGGAAACAUAAUCUUCAUUCCUGUGUUCUCCACUUCAACAGGCAAGGCAGUGCUGGUGAAUUCGCGGUCUUUCACAUCAUGACCAGGAUUUUGGAAGCUACUAACAGUUUGUUUUUACCCCUUCCUCCCGGUUUUCACACUCUGCACACCAUCCUUGGGGUCCACUGUCUCCCUCUGCAUAACCUGCUGCAUUACAUUGAUAGUGGAGUGUUGCUUCUCACCGAAACAGCUGUCACAAAGCUCAUGAAAGAUCUGGACAACACAGAGAAAAAUGAAAAACUAAAAUUCAGCAUCAUUGUGCGGCUUCCUCCGCUUAUUGGUCAGAAGAUCUGUCGACUUUGGGAUCAUCCUAUGAGUUCUAACAUCAUUUCACGGAACCAUGUGACAUGGCUGCUUCAGAACUACAAGAAACAGCCUUGGAAUUCUAUGAUUGACAAGUCAUCAUUCAGAGUAGAAUUUUUGCCUUUGAACUACUUCGUUGAAAUUCUGACAGAUAUAGAAUCCUCCAAUCAAGCUCUGUGUGCUUUUGAAGGACAUGACAAUGUGGAUGCAGAAUUUGUAGAAGAAGCAGCUCUGAAACACACCACAAUGCUUUUAGGCCUAUAAAAGAAAACACAGUUGGAUCUGCUUCUGUGAUUUGAAUCUCACGCAUUAACUUUACUCUUGUUGAGAAUUCUUUACCAAUAUUUAAAAUUGGUAAGAAAAAUCUGAAUAUGUUGUUGAGCCAUCUGAAUUUCAGUCUGGUAUUUGUUCAGACAGAACUCAACUUCUAUACCUUAUUCCAAUUUUGAAUUGCCAUUGAACUGUCAAAUGUAGAGAAAUGGACAGCCCAAGGAGGGAGACAGUGGCGUAAACCAUGCUCUUCCUAGUAGCUCAUCUUUCUUGUAGCUUAAAGGCCAAGAGCUAGUUUCUGUUGCAUUCCGAAAUAUGCUUUAAAAAUGGAGGGAACAAUGAUCGGAGAGCAAAAACUAGGUACAUCAUUGAAAUAACAUAUAACAAGCAAGAAAAUUAAACGGUGCCCAUGAACACUACUUGGAAAGAAGCUACUAAAAGAAACCAACAAAAACACUGAAUUUGGACUAAAUCUGCCAUCUCCUGUACAGAAUAAUUUGUAACAUAUAGUAAUUUAUACUUAGUUUUUAGUGUAGGGUUUGUUUAUUGAUAGUGCAGAUGAAACUGUAUUUAUAAUAAUUGUUUUAUAUUUAUGGAAAUUUGAUUUAAAA